CACUGGAGACACUAACUCCAGACAAGUCGCCGUUGACAACGACACGCUGUUAAGCAUUUCCCCGUCCUAAAAUCUCAAAGACCAAAACAAAUUCUCAAAGACUUCAUCUCCCUUGACCCCUAAAUUGACCAAAAUGGGCAACAGCUGCAGCAGCGGCGCCCUGCCCUCCGCCCAAGACUCCACCGCACCUGAUCCGCGCCACCACCACCCAUCUAACGGCGGCGUUCGGGUCCUCCCUCCCAAUGCCCCCGCCCCACCCAAACCCCAGCCCCACCCACCCACAACCACCGCAGCUUCCGCCGCGCCUCCCAUCGGCCGCGUCCUCGGCCGCCCCAUGGAAGACGUCCGCGCCACCUACACCUUUGGCCGCGAGCUCGGCCGCGGCCAAUUCGGCGUCACCUACCUCGUCACCCACAAGCACAACAAGCAGCAGUUCGCCUGCAAAUCCAUCGCCACCCGCAAGCUCAUCAACCACGACGACGUCGAAGACGUCCGCCGUGAGGUCCAGAUCAUGCACCACCUCACCGGCCAUCGCAACAUCGUCGAGCUCAAGGGAGCUUACGAGGACAAGCACUCCGUUAACCUCGUCAUGGAGCUCUGCGCCGGCGGCGAGCUCUUCGAUCGGAUUAUCGCUAAAGGCCAUUACUCCGAGCGAGCUGCGGCGAAUCUCUGCCGUCAGAUCGUCACUGUCGUGCAUUACUGUCAUUCGAUGGGGGUGAUGCAUAGGGAUUUAAAGCCGGAGAAUUUCUUACUCUUGAGUAAGGACGAGGACUCGCCGCUCAAGGCCACCGAUUUCGGGCUCUCUGUGUUUUUCAAGCCAGGAGAUGUAUUUAAGGAUCUUGUGGGAAGUGCAUAUUAUGUUGCUCCCGAAGUGCUGCGUCGGCGUUAUGGAGCUGAGGCUGAUAUUUGGAGUGCAGGGGUGAUACUAUACAUUCUACUUAGUGGAGUCCCACCAUUUUGGGGAGAGAAUGAACAAGGUAUCUUUGAUGCCAUUCUUCGGGGCCAUAUUGAUUUCUCAUCUGAUCCCUGGCCUUCCAUAUCUAGCAGUGCCAAAGAUCUUGUGAAGAAAAUGCUUCGAGCUGAUACUAAGGAACGACUUGCAGCAGUUGACGUUUUAAAUCAUCCAUGGAUGAGAGAAGAUGGUGAUGCAUCUGAUAAACCUCUUGAUAUUGCUGUUUUAUCUAGAAUGAAACAGUUCAGGGCAAUGAACAAACUCAAGAAAGUAGCAUUGAAGGUAAUUGCAGAAAAUCUUUCUGAAGAGGAAAUCAUAGGCUUGAAGGAAAUGUUCAAAUCCAUGGACACAGAUAACAGUGGAACAAUUACAUUUGAAGAGUUAAAAGCUGGUCUUCCAAAACUGGGAACCAAGCUUUCUGAGUCUGAAGUGAGACAGUUGAUGGAAGCGGCUGAUGUGGAUGGAAAUGGAACAAUUGAUUACAUUGAGUUUAUAACAGCUACCAUGCACAUGAAUAGAAUGGAAAGAGAGGACCAUUUAUACAAAGCCUUUGAAUAUUUUGACAAAGACCAGAGCGGGUACAUCACAGUGGAAGAAUUGGAGCAAGCACUUAAGAGGUAUAAUAUGGGUGAUGAGAAAACAAUUAAGGAAAUCAUUGCGGAAGUUGACACAGACCUUGAUGGAAGGAUUAAUUAUGAUGAGUUUGCAGCCAUGAUGAGGAAAGGCGAUCCUGAGUUGGUCACAAACAGACGAAGAAAAUAGACAGAACACAGUGUUUGCUGGGAUAUACUCCUGGCGUGACCGGUUUGUUAAUUUUGCGGGUUGAGAAAUCAUUUUCAAUCUCAGUUUAGCUGCUUGGGAUUGCAUGUCGUUCGCCUGCCCUUUAGUGGAAGCUUGAUUUACAUAAGUUUGCCGGAUGAUUCAACUUCUUUGUGUAUGGCAGAUUUCUCCUUUUGGCAAUUUAGUGGUGCAAUGUAAGAGCAUAUGCGAGUUCUCUAAGCCCAACUCCCUCAUGCAAAAGAGAACAAAAUCAAAAUACUAGUUAUGUGGUCCUCCUACUUGUCCCUGUAUUUGGCCAUUUUGCCCCUUAAAUGUAAUGAUUUAGAUUUUGGCUACAUUUUAAUUGCUUCAGGAUAACGUUAUUUAUAAAUUUCCAAUUUUAUAUGUGAACAGCAAGCUUUUAGGUUCUGAAA